AAAUACACUCUUAAAGGCUUGAAACAAGUAAAGGCUGAGUAAAUGUUUGUAAAUGCUCCAGCCGUCGAGAGAGUCGGUGAAAUGCGCUAAACGUAUUAAUAUAUUGUUUGAAAGAGCUCCAAAGCUGAGUGCCAGUCUCAGGCGAAUGAUGCUGACUCAUUGUGGCGAUUCAGCGCAUAGAAAGCCAGACGGGAAGUGAACACCCUCUUUUGACCCAUCUGCCAAUUAAUUAUGCAUCGACUGGGGAGGAGUCAGACUACAGAUGAGGUCUCACAAAAACAAGAGAUGCUGCAGUCUGAACCGACAAAUCCCACAGACCAACACUUCAUUUAAGAGCUGAUAAGCAUGUUCCUCAUGCGGGUUCUGCUGAGUCUGUUUCCUCUGGUCUUUGUGAUCUGGAAUGGCGAGGCGUUACCUAUACAAGAUAAACAAUCACAAACCAAUGAGAUACUGUCCAAGGAAGAGGAUGGGUUGAAGAUGAUAACAUAUGUGGCAGAGCUGAACCUCACCAGUAAAGAACUGGCUGAUCUUGACGCUGAAUUGUUGAAUGGCAAACUGUGGGAGAAGUCUGAUAAACCUUCUAAAGAUAAGUCUCCGUGCAAGCUCUUCUUCUGGAAGACCUUCUCCUCGUGUUGAGUCUGGGAAAAUGACAGAGCACAUGCUGAUGAGUGUUUAAAUCUACUGUCCUGCCUUUAAAGUUUGCCAAUCUAAUCAUGUAUUGUAUUGAAAUCAAGAGAAUGUAUCCCGUUGGCUUCUGCUGGAAUAUACUUUUUUACAUACUUUUAACAGAAUGAUUUAUACUGAAUGAAACCUCUUUUUGAGUUAUCUCCAAAUAAUACAAUGGCCUUUAGCAUGCCCCUUUGUACUGUUUGACAUCCUGUUUGAAACAUGUAAUAAAAGUAAUAAAUCUC